AGGGCUGCCUGGCCCGCUCCGCCUCCUCCCCUCGCCGCUGCCGACGUGGCGGGGCGGGGAAGGGAAGGAGCCGGGGGCGCGCCGGUCGGGGCACUGCUGAGCGAACUGAAAAUGUCUGAGGACAUAUCAGAUGGCGCCCCAUCUGAAGAAAAACCUGAAGUAAUGGAAAUGCCCAGCAAUGAAGUUUUGUCUCAAGAAUCAGUACGACACCUCGUAGAAGCUGAGAUCUUGCAUGAGUCAACACGGACAGGUCAACAAGAUCAACAUGGACAGGUCACUCAGCAUGUCAGUAAUAGAGAGGAAGGAGACACGUUAAUUAAUGAAAACCCUUUAACUGAAAAACUUGUUGAAAGUCUGCCUUCCAGCCUGCCUUCCAGUGAAGAGACAACUGGAGACAUGCCCACUGAGUGCAUUGAGACUGUAAGCCUUGAUACAGAACCUGAAUUGGAAGAAGCACUACAUGAGCAAAGCAAUCCAGCUGUGGACUCCUCAUCUAAAGCAAGUAGAUGGGGAGCUUGGGGUACCUGGGGAAAGUCUCUCCUGUCAUCAGCUUCUGCCACAGUGGGUCAUGGGAUAACAGCAGUAAAGGAAAAAGCAGGAACUACCCUAAGAAUUCAUAGUGCAAGUUCAGCAUCUCUGGAAACAGCAGAGCCUCCUGCAGCUGAAACACCACUUACUCAAGCAGAAGAUCCUCUGGACCAAAACUCUUCUGAAAAUACUCCUUCUUCUCCUUCAUCUGGAUCUCGUGGCAUGCUGUCAGCUAUCACUAGUGCUGUACAAAACACAGGGAAAAGUGUGUUAUCUGGAGGCUUAGAUGCUUUGGAAUUUAUUGGGAAGACAACCAUGAAUGUCCUUGCAGAAAGUGAUCCUGGAUUUAAGAGAACCAAAACACUUAUGGCAAGAACAGUCUCACUAUCUCAGCUGUUGCGAGAAGCCAAAGAAAAAGAGAAACAGAGGCGGGCCCAGCAAGUUACAGUUGAAAGAACAGCACAUUAUGGACUACUUUUUGAUGAAUUCCAAGGUUUGUCUCAUCUUGAAGCUCUGGAAAUCCUAUCAAAUGAAAGUGAAGCUCAGAUUCAGUCACAUUUAGCAACACUUGAUGGAGAACAGUUGGAGACUGUGAAAAAUGAUUUAAUUGCUAUAAAAGAGAUCUUUGUUCCAAAGGAAUUAGAAGAUGAAGUGGUGCAGGUGCAAAAAGAUAUGGGAGAAGAGUUUGUCAGCAUGCUCACAGAACUGCUGUUUGAAUUGCACGUUGCUGCUACUCCUGACAAGCUAAAUAAGGCUAGGAAGAAAGCUCAUGAAUGGCUGGAAGAAGCCAGUUUGUCUACCCCAGUAGACAUAGAAGAGGAGCUAAAUGAAAAACCUGAAGAACCUGGUGAAGAAAAGCCUCAAAAAGACAAUAAAAUUGAGAGUGAUAAAACAGAAGUAGAGAAAAGCAAAACUGUGGAGGAAAUCUACAUGCUGUCCAUUGAAAGUCUGGCUGAGGUAACUGCUCGUUGUAUUGAACAGCUUCAUAAAGUAGCAGAAUUAAUUCUACAUGGCCAGGAAGUAGAAAAAACAGCUCAAGAGCAAGCAAAAGUACUGACAAAUUUAACAAGUGCCAUGUGCAAUGAAGUUUCAUCUUUAUCAAAGAAGUUUUCUGAUUCUGUAACAGCAGCUGGGAGUAAUAUGAAGGCAGAGGUUCUUAACCCCAUCAUCAACAGUGUGCUAUUAGAGGGCUGCAACAGUACUACUUAUAUUCAGGAUGCUUUCCAGUUACUGCUUCCAGUUCUGCAAAUUUCCCAUAUUCAGACCUGUUGUUCAAAAGCCCAGGAGUUGCCAGCUUGACAGCAACCACAGACCCAAAGUCCUGAGCUGUGCCAACAGGAGAGCUGGUACAAGAGAUAUCUGGCCACUAGAGUUCUUUGAAGACACUAAAUGCGGUUUUGCACACACAGUACUGAACAACAUUUUAAAACUCUUUCAGACUGUCAGACUUUAGAAGUAGUCAGUAAAGUAAUUUCUUUUCUGGUACAGUUCAUGCUUUCAUUAAUUUAAACAGAAGUUUAUUUGUAUAAGCAUUGACUUAAAUACAGAUUCUAAAUGUCGGCCCUUUCAUUUGUAAACAAUGUAUGAAACAAAUUGGAAUGUAAAGCUUCUUAAAACAUUUCACUUCAAAUUACCAUUUAUAUUGUUUGUAUUAUAACUGCAGUUUAAAAAGUAUAUUUCAGAAGCUGGUUUCAGUAUUUAAUUUUCGCAAACAUGAACAAAUCAUCAUAGUGUUGAGCUUGUUAAAUAUUAUUUCCAGUAGAAAAUAAUAACAUCAUAUUAAUAUGUACCACUAACAUAACACUUUGUAUUGAAGGAGUUGCACAGCAAUAGGUAUUAACUUUACUAAAUGAAAAUUAGGUUGUGCAUAAAGAAUUAUACUGAUAAGAAAUUUUCUGAGCCAGGUAAAAUUACGGGUAUAGCUCUGUGUUUGCUGACCCAUAAGUUUAUAUUAAUUUAGGUCUAUUUCUUCAUUUCAAUGGUUACUAAAUCAUUUCAGUGAUUACUAAAGUAGUCUUUAAUAUGCAAAGGAUAGAAAAUUUCCCUUUUGUUUGGCAAUCAAAACACCAGCUAAACAACCUUUUCUUAGAUGUGUUACCAGGUUAACACUUUGGGGUUUACUGAUACCUACAGUUCAGAAAUAGAAGUUGUAGUAAGAAGCUAUGAAAAAAUUGCUUUGGGAGUAAAGGUUAUCUGUCAGAGCAAUCACCUUUUUUCUGAGGCAAUAGUAAGGGCAUAAACAAGAAUAGAAAUGACAUUUCAUAACAACACUAGCAACCAUGCUAAUUUGUCUAUAUCUGUAGUUUAAAAUCCUGAGCUUUGAACCUAAGAACUUGUUUAGGGUAGUUUUCCUCUUCAGCAGGAAAAACCUUCCAAUAUUUUACAUAGCCUGUUCUCUUGGAUUUUUGUCAUUUAUUAUGUUUCUUUCCGUUAUUUUGUAUUUUUUUUUCUCUUGGUAUAUUCAUGAAUUGUAUUUAAAUGCUAAUUUUUACAGUUAACAUUUUAUUAAAUUUAAACAUAGUUCAUGUAUCAUAAAAAUAAUGAAACAGAGUGUGAGGCAGUUUCUGUGUUUGAUAGAAAAGAGAAACCAUGUAUCUGUUUUGUACAUGGUAACUUCUUUGAGUCCAAAUAAGAGGGCAGAAAGUUUUUUUUGCAUUUUACCCUAUUGUGGUCCCUGUUCUGCUGUCACAUUCAUGGUGACUUUUCCAUUUUCUGUUAUUUAGAGAUGAAAUUUUCCCUAUCCCUGAAAUAAGGUUUAUUACGCAAAAUCUAUUUUCUGGCACCCUGUAAUUUAACAGACAUGAGAUCCCUUUCUGGGUAAGUAGAAGAUGUGCAGUCUUCAAAUUCAUUUGAACAGGCUGAAUAUAGUAUCAGAAGCCUCAGGGGAUAAUGUUUGAAAUCAUCGAGGGAUAUUCUUAAGACAAAGAUCGCUUGUCUGAGAUACUCUUUGCUAGAGGUUUCACUGUCUUGCUUAAAUUAUGCAUUUAUGAAUAAAAUACCUUACCCUGAAGUAAAAGAAGGUUUAAAAACAUGGAAACUAAGUAUUUACAUCCAUACAAUGUAGGAAGGGAAACAGGGCAGGAUAUAAGCAUAGGGAUAAGCCCAUCUGAUCUUAGAUUCAAUCAUCUUGUCCUUGGAAAACAGAAUGUUGUAUCUUUAAAUAAAUUUCAGGUAAAUAAUAUUUCAGUAGAAAAGUACUGUAUGGAUGUAGCAGAAUAUUUUGUUUACACUGAUUUGUACUUUUCCACCAGUCAAAUAAAUCAUUUGAGAUACUGAACUAAGACAGUACACUAAAAGGGUGUGGUUGGAAGAAUAAUGUGAUGGGAGUAUAUUCUCAGUGAAGUAAUUUACUUUCUGAUUUUUUGAUUUACCUUUGGAAUGAUGAGUGUGAUUUCACUGGAAGACUGACAAAAACAGAUGUUGCCUUAAACUUUUAAUGGACAGUGUUGUUUCUUUCAUCACCACCCUUUUCCAGGUUAGUACACUGAGUGUGCCUUGGCACUCAGCAAACUACUAGGUUUUAAGUACUUGUGAAAAUUUCCUGUUUUCUUGAGCAGAUGUGUUUUCUGUGGCAUUCCAUUCACUUUUGAGCACACCCACCCUGGUAUGCAGUGACAAAGGAGGCAGGCUUCUACACUUAGUUUGAAAUUUAUCAGGAUGAAAAUUAAAACAAUGUCUCAUACCUACAGCCUUGCACAUGAUCCACGGUUACAGGUCAUCCCUGAAGAAUGAAUAAUUAGACUGUUGAAGAAGUAAUUUACUGUAUAUUAAGGAUAUUGACUUCUUUUUUUCUUGGGUUUGGGGUUUCUUUUUUGUAAACAAACCAAAGCAAGCUGUAAGUUGUUUAUUGCUUUUUAGUGUUUAGUCUAUUCAUGUGUAAACAUCUCUUCCCCAUGAGUUCCUUCUACAUUCCAGCUUCCAUUGCUAGAGAUAGCUGAACAAAAGACCUGUCUCUACCACUUUUUAUCAUGCUGCUUAAAUCACCCACUGAAGCCAUUAAUAUCUUCCUCCAAAAUGUGCCUCAGUCAUAUCAUACAAAACCACAGUUAUUACCAGUUGGGAUGCUUUGUACUGAUGUGUGUCACCAGUAAUGUCCAGUGUCACUCACCAGUCAGGAUUCAUAACAAUUUCAAGGAGUCUGAAACAGCACAGUAUUUUGAAAGACAAAUACAGGUUUUCCCCUUUUUUUCUGAUUCACAGAAGUGUUUUUAUCAUACAUGCAUUCAUCCAGCUCAUAGGAUUAUCUUUGAGACAUUUCAGUUCUAUUUCAGAUGACAGCCCCAUCCUUUCUGUUAGUCUCAGAAGAAUGUAGAGUGUGGAAAAGGACUUUCCUGAGUUUUUUGAAAACCACCUCAGAGCAAGGUUUAACGUGAUGCCAUCAGCCAGUCUGACCUACUUUGAAGUUCUUACAGUUGGACUGGAAAGCCCUCUGGACUUUAAACACUUUAUUCUGUCUCAGGUCAACCUUUGUUGCUGAAGCUGCUUUCAUUUUGCAACUUGAACAUUUUCCAUGCUGUCUCCUACUUCAGUAUUCAUAUUAAUGAUGGUGUGCAAUUUUAGAAUUAAAAAUUAAAAAUAAAAUAUCAAAAUUUCAGCUGUAUUAAAAA